CAGAAAUUAUAUUUUUAUAUUUUGAAGUUAUUUUGCUGCAAUGAUAGAAACGAAAUUUUCUAUAAUUGAAAGUUAUCGAUAACAAAUGAAUUCCUUACUCAGCAAAAUGAUACAUUUUAAUAGCUGACUUCGUUGUGUUGCUCUACUAGAUUGACGUCAAUUAGUUUAUUACUUUAACAUUACUUUUUUCAUUCAAAUUAUUCAACAAAUUACUGGGUUGCGAAUAAUAGGGAAUCGGUCAAUCAAUAGUUUCAAUAACUCUUUUUACAGAGUCCUAGCUUUCGGUGCUUUUUGCUCUUCUUCAAGGCUAUGAUAUUGAAAAGAAUAUAAAAUAAAUAAAAUAUUUAAUAAAAAUUAUUAUAAUUUUUUUUUUUUACUAUACCUUGCAGUGAGUUUAUGAUCUGAUCUUGUUUUUCUUCUAUCAUUGAUUAAUUUGUCAAGAUUAUCUAUUAAUCAAAUCAACUUUCAAAAAAAUCUAUACCAUCAUUUACAUUUUUUACAAAAAAGAUUAUUAUACCUACAUAAUAUGAAGUUUUUACAAAAAUUUAUACUAUUUUAUCAAUGAUAAAUUACAAUAAAAACAAGAUCAGAUCAUAAAUUUAAUGCAAGGUAUAGUAAAAAAAAAUUAUAAUAAAUUUUAUUCAAUUUUUCAUUUAUUUUAUAUAUUUUUUAAUAAUAUAGUCCUGAAAAAGGAGGAAAAAGCUCCGAAAGCUAAGCCUUUAUAAAAAGAGUUAAUAAAACUAUUGAUUGACCGAUUUUCCAUUAUUCACAACCCUAUAAAUUAUUAGCAGUCGUUAUCCAUAAAAAUAAAUUCAAAUUAGUAUUUAUAUGGAGGAUCAGUUUGUUGUCUUACAGUCAAUUCACAUAAUGAAGUUACCAUUUCAAUUUAAAAAAAUGGCCAAUACGCCCUGUACCUUAUUAGUCAUGACGGAAGACAAAAUAAACAUCCCAAACAGUGAUAUUUUGGUCGUCGUGAAAAAAGUUUCAAUACGGUGUAAAAGAAAUAGUGCAGCGGGAUGGUAAAUUUAGUAUCCAUUUACCUUAUUCACUAAAAGCUAUAACUUUGAAACGAAAGCUUGAAUAUCUGCCGCUACGCUAUAAGAGUACAAAAGUCAAUAACGAGGCAGACUUCAAGAUUUUGGAGAGUAGUCAAGAGGUUUAACCUCUUAGAUGAAGAAACCCCCAACAAAGCAGCAGCUGUUGUUGUACAGCAAAGUUAUGGUCCGAAGAAGAAGCUCGACAUUGAAGAAGAGUGGAAUAAAGACAAUGCCGCGGCGGCUGUUGAUGACAAACCUAGGACUAUUAGCAGUAGUCAUUAGUGAUUAGUUAGCUUUUUUUUGAUGUAAUAACAGAAGAUCGAAAAUAUGUUUUAAUGCAUUUUAUUCACAAACCAAUUAUCU